AUGGCUUCACGAUAUCCCCCAUUAUCUGGGUUCAAUUCCCGGGACCGUUCCCCCCAGCGCUUCGGUGACCGUCGACCUCCUUCGGGUCCUCGUGGCUCGGAUGAUGCGAUUCCACCGCCUCUGGGUCGCGAGCCCCCUCGCGGUCCCAAGGCUUUGAUUGAUCACCCUCCCCGAUCCCAUUACGCUGGGAGGGGCCGAGGUUACGGCCGCGGUGGUGAUUUCCGUGACCGGGAUCGGGACCCGCGGGACCGUGAUCGUGAUCGGGAUCGCGACUUUCGGGAUCUUCGAGAUGGCCCCCCUCCCUUCCGCCGUGAUCUUGAUCGGGAUUGGAGUGGCCGUCGGGAUCGCGAUUUUGACCACAGGGAUUCGCGGGGUGGCUUCGGUCGUGGUCGUUCCCGCUCCCCGCCGCCGCGCGAUUUCCGUGACAUGAGAGAGCCUUUGGUCCGCGACCCAGACCUCGUUCGAAUGCGCCGUGGCUCUCGCGACAGCAUACUAUCCGCAUCGUCUAUAGGCCCACCCGACGGUCCUCCAGCAAUUGGCCAUCAUCCUCGCAGCGGGCCCAUCCGAGGUCGAGGUAGGGGUGAUUGGGAAGGUGGACGCGGCCGCGGUGGCCGCCCCCCAUUUUUAGACGACCGUGAUUCUUUUCGCCGACGCAGUCGCUCGCGUGAUGGAUGGUGGGAUCGCGACCGUGAACGUGACCGUGAGAGGGACCGAGAUCGUGAUCGCGAACGGAUGUUGGAGAUUCGAGACCGCGAACGAGACCGGGAACGCGACAGAGAGCGGGAUAGAGAUAUCAGGGACCGUGAACGGGAUCGUGAAAUACUAGAACGUCGCGCAGAACGAUUUGAACGUCGAGAGGAACCGGAGCGACGCCUCGACCGUGAUGACCGUGAUCGUGACCGCGAAAGGGAUCGAGAUCUUCUGGACCGUCGGGACCGUGAGAGAGACCGUGAAAUACUAGAACGCCGAGCGGAACGAUUCGAACGUCGAGAUGAGCCAGAACGACGCCUUGAACGAGACGAUCGUGACCGAGAUCGACCCGCGCCUGACCAUUGGAAACGAGACCGACCCCCCAGUCGCGCCGAUACUCGACCUCCUCCUCCCAGCACGGCGACCCCAACCUCCGCUUCUCAUCCAUCCUUACCCCCACCACCACCUGCCGCAGCCACUGUGCCUCCUGCCCCAGAGCGCCCUAUGGACCAUAUACCACCAGAUCUUCCUCGCAGACCGUCCGUGCCAGAACCUCGCCGUAAUAUCGACCGGCCGGAACUAUUGCCACCCCGCCCGGAACCAGUUAAAGAUCUCCCAGCUCCAGCGAAGCGUUCGCCUCCCCCGUCGGCCCCUCAGGUGCCCGCGUUUGGCUCAGUGACUGUCCCCAUUCCUGGCCCACCAGAAAAGCCGCUUGCCGAUACAGCGCCUGCUGGUGCGCCGCCAGCUGUCAGGGCAGAAGAACGAAAUGAGCCUCCCUCGUUGCGUCCACCCGUGCAGCCUCCCACCGGGCCGAAGGCAGAGCGGGCAGGCCCACAGCCGCCGUCGCCAUUGGAACAGCGAAUUCGUCGUGAUGAUGGUCCCGAACCCGUGGGGCGGAUAGAUUCUGUUUCCCGCGCUCCCAAGCCUCCCUCUGGCGCUCCAGGUGCUGGGCCCAGGCCAGCAGCCGAUUUGUCGCCUCCGACUGCCCCAGCUGCUAUGGCCAAGCCCCCAGUUCACCAGGAACCGCCGUUAGUAACAAGACCCGGUCCAGCACCGACGUCACCGGUUUUUGAGAGACGGCAGCCGCCCCCUGUCGCUCGAGCAGCUUCGCCCACGUCUCCUCGCAUGCAGUACGGUAUCCCGACAGGUCCACGUGCCUUCCAGCAACGACCACCACCAUCGCCAGCACGCGGGCCACCCAAAGGUAGUAAACAAUGGGUUCGUCCGGGAUAUAGUCACCCACCCUUCGGGCCAAACUCGAUCGCACUACCCAAGCGGGGCUCCUUUGAUGGAAAAGAGCGAGCUUUGUCUUUUAGUGAAGAGCCAAAACGGGAGCCGCCGCCGCCACCGUCCCCUCCUCAGUAUGACAGCGAUCAGGAACUCGAAGCUGGUGAGAUCGCGCCAACGAAGGAGCCGAUGGAGCUGGAACAACCACCAGCACCAGCAGAGCGCCCUGAGCGUCUUGAGCGUCCAGAACGUUCAGAGCGUCCCGAGCGUCCCAAGCCUGUCCGCGAGCCUACGCCUCCGCCUCCGUUUCCGCCAGCACCCAAGCCUCCCGUGGAACAACCGGCAGUCGAGGAAAAGAAGAAGCCCGAUGAGUCACCUCCGGAGGACACCGUGAUCCCGGACUUUGGCGCCGAAAGCGAUGAGGACGAAGAUGAAAAUGUCGUUUUUACGCAGGAUUAUCUCGAGGAGCGGAAACGAAUUUUUGAGAAAGAUAUGCAGGUGUUGCGGGCAGAAAUGCCCCGGCCUCCAUUGGAGGACCCAACCAUUGUGUCAUUACUUAUGCGCAUUCAGCUUCUAGGUAUGAUAGCUCAUGAUGUACCUGAACCAGUCCGUGAACCGGAGCCCGCGCGUGAACCAGCACAAAAACCCGCGCCUGUGCCUGAACCCGAAGCAGAGCCAGGGCCAGAGCCACAACCAGGGCCAGCAAAAGAGCCAGAAAAAGAGCCAGAACAAUUGCCUGAACUGGAAUCUGAACCAGCUCAGCCGAUGGAGAUAGACGAAACCCAUGAGACGGACAAGGGAGUAGAUGAGACAGUAGAGAUUCCGAAAGAAGAGCCCAUUGCUCCAGCUAAGGUCAAACCAGAUGGCGAACCGCCGGCUAAGGUUGUUCUUGAAUCGCUUCCCGAUGCCAAGACAAUCACAGUUGAGAGUCUGCCGUUCUUGAACGCAGGCCCUCCCACACCUUUCUCCGAACUCGAUGUGUACAAGGAAAAUGCAGCCAAUUUCGAAACCAUACGGGAAACGUUGCGCCAGGAAUUGAAGAAGCAACGCAUGGAAAUUGCACGCAAGAACGCUGUGCUUCGGGAAGAAUACCUAUCCAUCUACAAGCCCUGGAGGAUGGAGAUCUGGGAGAUGGAUAACGAGAAGGGGAAAAACAGUCUCACACCAGGUCAGACGCCGCCGCCUCCUCCACCAGCCCUGCCACUGCCGACUACCACAGCGGAGGCAAGGAGGUAUAAGGGAAAUAGCGAGCUCGAUUUCCAAAACGCUCUUCGUGCGUCUGAGAUCUCAGCCCAAGAGGAAUUAGAGCGACGCCGUGGAAACAAAGCUACUGCUCGACCGGAUCCCAACAAAGAGGCAGUUAUUCCGAACAUGCUGGAGCCGCCCGAGGUAAAGGCAGGGGUUUACAAGGACACGAACAACAUCGUACCCGUUUCAAAUGCGAUGGAAGUGUUUGGAUUUUUCCCGCCAUCGAACGACUUCACUCCGCUAGAACAUGAGCAGUUCACCAAUGCCUUCAUGGCCCAUCCCAAGAAGUGGGGCAAGAUUGCUGCAGAACUUCCUGGACGGGAUUACCAGCAGUGUAUCAUCCAUUACUAUCUGACUAAGGAAGAAAUCAAGUACAAGGCCAAACUGAACAAGCGCUGGAGUCGUCGUGGUCGUGCCAAGCGAUCCGCACGGCCCAAGUCCAACGCGCUCAUGGUUGAUCUCGGUGUGGUCAAACCCGAUUAUGAAGGCGAGGAAGAGCCUGCACCCGUCACGGAUACCGGUCGUCCGCGUCGCGCAGCUGCCCCUACGUUUGGAGACACUGGUGUUGAUGUGGAGCAUGCGACCAAUGGCCGGCGAGGCGCUGCCAAGGAUACCGGAGAGCAGCCAGAGAAACCGGCUCGAAGAGGCCGCACUGGCCCUGGGUCGCGUGGUGGACGACGGGGCAAAGCCGCUCAACAACAUCAGCAGCAACAGCAGCCGUCUCAGCCUCCAACGCCGCAAGAGCAGCCCGCCGGAAGCAUCUCUAUACCAGUCCCAAGCGCAAUUCCCCGUAUUCCCAAGCGUGAAACGGCAGAACCUGUGCUGGAUAGCGCAUUGGAAGCGGUGGCACCGCGACCAAAAGAGGCACGUGAGAAGGAGCAACAAGAAAUCCCUGCUCCUCCACGCGGAAAAGCUGGACGCAUACGUCAAAAAGACGGCGUGUAUGUCUUCGAGUCGAACGAACCGGAGCCUCCAGCCCACUUCAAGACACCCGAUGUGGGUGGUUAUGGCUCAAUGCAGCCAACCAGUUACUGGUCUGUGCCUGAGCAGCGCGAUUUCCCAUUGUUGCUGGCGCAUUUUGGCAAAGAUUGGGAAGGUAUUUCGAGCUUUAUGAAGACGAAAACGACUGUCAUGGUCAAAAAUUACUUCCAACGUCGAGUUGACGGAGGCCACAAGGAAUUUGAGGACAUUGCUGGGGAAGCGGAGCAUAAGAAGGCGCGUGGUGAGCCCAUGGGACCGUUGCCUACCCCCAGUGGUCCUACCAAACGACGUUACGAAGCGACUCCAUCCUCGAUCGUGCCUCGACCACUGGCUCCGCACACUGAUCCCCUCGAGUCUGACAAGAAGCCUGUUGGAUUGUCUUCUCAGGCUGUUCCGCUGCAUACACGAGCCCCCUCUGAAAAGGAGCGGAAUAUGCCAAGAUUCCCGCCCCUUGCCCAAGCUAACGCUGCUCCGAUGACGACCACCGCGCUUCUCAACGAAGACCCUCGAACGGCUCGUGUCCCUAGCGGUAUGCCACGCUUGCCAGGUCCCAAGAUGGGUCUGUUUACCGAAGACAGGCGAGAACCGCCGGCGACUGUAUUGCCUCAAACAGUACCUCGGUUCCAGGACGCACACAUUCCGACACGCCAGACACCCUUAUCAAUGCCCGAGAUGGCGCGAAUGGAGCCCUUGCAUCAAUCAGGUUAUCGCGAUGUCCAUGGCUCGCCAUUGCUGGCACCCCAGGGUCCCGCUCCACCACCGCCUCAGCCAUCAUUCAUGCAGUCACAACCGCCACCGCUCGUGUCUCACUCUCGCCAUCCUAGCCUCGGAAAGGCGCCUGGAUCGCCAGUACCACCACCACUCCAGAGACUGGAUCACGAUAUUUCUCCGACCCGACGCGAUUCAGUCAGCCAAAGACCAUUGUAUCCUUUGCCCAGCCAACCAGCCAGUAUGUCUCAAACCGCACCAGUGCUGUCGCCGCCAAAAGAAUUUUCUCGUCCUAGUUCGACGCUUCCCGAACCCCCAGAGGGCCCUCCCAAGCAGGUACCAGCGAAGCGGUCGAAUAUUAUGAGUAUCUUGAACGACGAGCCGGAAGAGCCACCUCCGCCAAAGAAACGUUAUACUAGCGAGCAGGCUUCUACAGUUCCGUCAAGCGCCGUGUCUCCUUCGCGCCCAGUAUAUGCAGGCAUGCCGCCGUUGUCGCAGCCAGGCUCUCAGUCGCGUCAUGAAGAACAAAAGACGCCAACCUAUGCUCAGCAAGCCCCGAGUCUGUCAUCCUCGCGCUCGUACUUUGACUAUCAUCAGCCAUACCAGUCUGUUUCAGCAAGCUCUGGUACGCCAUCCAGCAACGAUUGGAUGGCACGGUUUGAUCCUCGAAACCAGCAACAACAGGCACCCCCACCGCAGUCAAUGAGCAGUCGACCAGCAUCCAUGGCUCCUCAGCCGCCUUAUUCGCCAUACACAUCAGGGCAAUCCCAGCAAGCUCCGUCUCUAACGAACCUGACUGCACCUUCGCCGGUUCCUUCGCCAGCUCCAGGUCAACGCCCUACGUAUCAGACAUCUGUGUAUGCGCAGUCGCCGUCGAUACCUUCCUCGCGAGAGUUGCCGUCUCAACCUGUUUAUCGCCAGUCCAUGGGGUCACCACCGCCGCGCAAUAGUGGCAUGGCGUACAGUUCCCGACAAGGACCGCCAACACCGAUCCAGUCGUCCGCUAGCCUACUGAACAUGCGACAACAAUCCACAGCCCCCUACGGAUCUACAGCUACAACUCCAACAUUAUCCCAACCCGGGGGCCACCAGAGCUACCAGCAGCAUGUGCAGACCAUGGUUAAUGGUGCACAUCAGCAACAAGCCCACCGGUCUGCUCUUGGCUUGACAGGCAGUCAGUAUGGCCAUAGCACCCCACCACCACAGGCUACGACGUCUCGUUCGGCUGCUGGGCAGCCUCCGUCGUUGUCUAUGGGGCGUUCGUACACUCCCCCGGCGGUUCUACACCCCAACCCAAGUGGGGGCUUGAGCUAUGCGUCGAGUGGGCCCUCCCCGGCUGUCGGGCCGGUGCACCCACUUCAUGCGCGCCACUCGGGAAUGAGCGAGGCCACGCCUGGUCCACCUGGGGGUAGUCACCAUCAUCGCGUGUAUAGUCAGGGAUCGAACGCCGGGCCACUUCCAGGGCCGUUGACGCCACAACAUCAACAUCCUCGGUAG